GACUUCAUGAAGAAAGUCAUGGAGAAAUCCCUAAGGAGUCCAAAUGGGCACCUGGACCUGUUUGCUCGCUUCCUCCAUGGUCUCUAUGUGGAGUCCAACCAGAGCCUCUUAGGAGGCCUGCUGAGUCAGAUGGAGAACAGUCCAGGAACCAUCCAGGGAGUCAUCAACAAUCUGAAAAAGAUUAACACUGUUGGGGUCUCUCCUGAUAGAAGCAUCAACAUCUUCCUGUGUCUGAUGGAGAUGAAGGACCUCUCAGUUUAUCAGGAGAUCCAACAGUUCCUGAAAUCAGAGAACAGAUCAAAGGAGAAGCUCUCAGAGAUUCACUGCUCAGCUCUGGCCUACAUUCUGCAGAUGUUAGAGGUUCUGGAUGAGUUAGACCUAGAGAAGUACUACACAUCAAGGAGAGGACGGCAUAGACUGGUUCCAGCUGUGAGGAACUGCAGAAAGGCUCGACUUGGUGGCUGUAAGCUCCAUAAAGCUGAAUGUGAAGUUGUGGCCUCAGCUCUGAAGUCCAACCUUCAUCUGACUGAAGUGGAAAUAGAGAAGAUCUAUGGAGAUAAAUCCUUUGGAGACUCUGGAAUGAAGCAUCUGUGUGAGAUACUGGAGAGUUCAAUCUGCAAAGUGAAGAAACUGAUAUGUUCAAACUUUCAAAUAUUUUGGACUGAUGGAGAAAAAUGAGUAAAAUCAGUCAAAUGAUGUUAAGUAAUGAUGGAGAUGUUUCAGUUUGAUUUGGGAAAGAUUCAGAUGAUGAGACAAGAUAA